GAAGACAUUCCUUUGUUUUGUUGGUUCUUUAUAUCAUUUCUGCUGCACUGUUUGUCUUGUAAGUGGUGUGUAAUUCAAAAUUGAAUACUUUCAAUAUAAUAUUGUGGUCGUAUUGGAUGUGUUGUGGUUAAAAAUCAGCGGCAAGUAUCAAUAGGAUGAGUCACAGUUCUUACAGUUAUACGACAACGUGAUUUUGAUACCUGAAGUAUACACUAGAGGUUAAGAAUGGUGCUGGUGAUCGGAGGUGUGGGGCAAGAGGAGCCACCCCCCGACACUCGAAGUCUGUUUGCGGCUCACCCUGUAUACCGGGACUCGGCUGCCCAGUUUGUGUCAAUAGCCACCAAGGUGGUGGGUCCAGUGGGUCUUCUGUAUGUCCAACAGAGGGAGAUGGCUGUCACAGUUCCCCAUGAUAAAAAUGUAAAUAUAAUUGGCUCAGAUGAUGUGACGACAUGUAUUAUUGUCAUCCUCAGGCACACAGGGUCCGGAGCUGUUGGAUUAGCGCAUUUUGACGGCUCCGGCACGGAAGAAGGGGUGCUCAAUAUAGUACACAGAGUGCAGGAGCUGGCGAUGGCUGGGUACCCGGAGGGCCGGUAUGAGCUCUCUCUCAUUGGCGGCUUCUCAGACUCUCACAAUUAUUCAGAGGAGCUUUUCUACAGUCUUAUGCAUUCCUUCCACAAACAAGUGAUAGAGAUAGACCUGGUGCUGGCCUGCAUAGGAGAGUUGAACACAAUCGUGAGGAAUGGGGUUCACUGGCCCAUCCUCUAUGGAGCAGGUGUGAAUGUAAAGACUGGAGAGAUUUUCCCUGCCACUUUCCCAGACAAGGGACCUGAGCAGGCAUUACGCAGUGCACGUCACCUUACCGGUGGCCAACAGGUACUGGACAUUUAUGACUGCAGUCUGGGUCUACUGAGGAUUGGACCUUUCAACUACAACCCGCUGCGAGGGGUGGACCUCUGGCUUGAGCAGCCUGACGAGGUCAUACUGCAGCACCUCUCCACCACACCUGAUGUAGAACCACCUCAUUUCGUCAUGCAGAUACGUGCUACGCUGAAGUAUAUCCAGGACAAUCCAUUCCCGGCCGUGACAGUGUUUCGAGACAACCGACCACACUACUACCGACGGGAUGAACACACUGGCUCCUGGUCGCCGUUCCGGUACUAGCAGGCCUACCACCUGCCAUCACUAAGGGACUAAAGAUAGAUACCAGUUUUUUACUCCAUGUUUUACAACCGCACAAUGUGUCUUAAUACUAAUUAAUUUUAAUUCACAUACAUCAGAUUUAUAAAAUCUUGUACAUCUUUUUAAACAAAAUUUUGAAAGUUUAUAUUAUAUUGGUUGUAAAGAAGAGUUGAUCUUUUUUUACUAAAAAUAUUUUUGUUAAAUGAACAUUAAGGUUGUUCAUAAUAUUCCAGUUGAUUCUGCAUAGAAUAUUGUCAGCAUAAUAAAGUCCUAAAAUAUUUUAGAUUCAUUGUAGAAUGCCAGUUUUAGGCAAAAGAUGUUGGACAUACUUUUAUUAAAAAAUAGCUCUACACAGUGAGACUGGAAUCUUGAUAUUUAUCUCGAGAUUGUAAUUGUGAUAGCAAUGUGGAGCAGAAUAUAGGCUGCAUAAGCCUACUACGAGUUUAGGUCAAGAUUGUUGUUACCCUUGUUAAUUCUGUUUUGUUCUCUCUUUUGUUCCAUUAAAAUUAAAUUCUGAUAAUGUAAAAGUUUUUAUGUUGUUUUACGAGUGUUAGAGACUAUAUUUCUGUAACCUGAGUUUGUAUAUACAAAUUUGGAACUUUUUCAAUUACAUCACUUAAAAUUGAAGUAGCGUAGAUAUAAGGAGCUUGUGGAAUAUUUUGUUAGUAAUUAUUGCAGAUGAAAACAAGCAUUUUUAUGAGUUAAUGUGUGAAUGUAAAUGGUGGACAAAUGAAAUGUGAACUGGCUGUGACAAUGGGAUUAACAAUAUACAAUCACAAGUGAUGAAGUGGUGCCAUUCCAGCUAAGUGAUCCAAACACUUGCCAUAGUUAAGUGAUAAGAACUGAGAGUACACAUCGCUUAGUGUUAAGUGUGCACCAGUUCUACUCUACAGAUGGUGCGUAUAUAAGUGAACAGUGGCGUUUUAAAAAUAUAUCCUAUUCCUUUGUAAAUAAGUGGUUUAUGAGGAUUACGUAUUCCUUGUCAUAUUUAGUUUCCUGGUUUUAUAUGUAUUUCUGUUCCAAAUGUGAAUACCAAACAAAUUUUAAAUGUUUAUAGCUCAGAUUCCUGUAUCUAUUUCUUAAUGUUACCAACAACACUGUUCAUUUAUUACUUUUUAAAUCAAAUUAAUGUGAAUAUGUCAUAUCAAGCCAUCUUGGGAUUCAGAUUUUAUAUAGGGUCGUUGUACAAUAAGAUUAUAUUUUAUUAAGAUGUAAAUUACAGCUAUGCAAACUAUAUCAAUAUUAGAUGUUGAAUUGUCAUAUGCUAGAAUUAAUUAUUUUGUUAUCAUCUUAUUAUUGUACUUGAUUUGUUGAAUAGAAAUUAUAAAACAGUUUUAAUA